AUGUCUGGAUGCGGCGGUGGACGCAAUGCUCGCGGCGGACGAGGUGGCAGAGGCCGUGGUCGAGGACGCGGUGGUAACACGCAAGGCAGGCACGACACUAACACACAGCAUGCCUCUAAACCUGUCAGAGCCAAGGAGACAGAGCAGCAGAGGCAGGCGAGGAAAUCGUACAGCUCCUGGAAGCGCCGGCUUGGCGAGGCUGAGACUGACCCAACGACCAUGCGCCGUCUUUGGGAAGGCGCUGUCAGCAUACUCGAAAAUGGAGACCGCGACUGGCGCCAACAACUCCCACAGGAUCUCAAUGAUGAUUCAGACGAUGAGGGUGGUCGUCGUCACAUCCUUGCUAUCCUGAGUACGAAAAUAGAAAACCCGGGUUACGAUACCUUCCUCAGCAAUGCCCGCAAUUUCCUCCUUACGCUUACACACCCAUCGCUCCUACGCUGUCUUGCCGUCGACACACACGUCGGAUCCAUUUACAAUCUUUUUGGUGGGGUCGGUGGACGGACGGCAGUACUCUAUCUCCAGCGGGUUUGCAAGGCUCUGUCAGCAGCUCGAGCAGCUACAUUCUCUUUGGCGUCUACGAAGGAUCAUGAAACAACACUCCUCGCAAUGGCAAUGGCUCUAUUUGAGCUGUUGAGGCGAGAGCGUAGAGCACGAUUCAACGACGAUGUUAUACCGUUGGUAAACUCUAUCCAGACCGCAAGCGAUGCCUGCAAGGGCUCGCCAGAUACCUCGGCGAGGAUCACCAAUCGCCUCAAUGACACUCGAGCCUUGGUAGCACGUGCACAAGGACUGCUUGCCGAAGAUACGGGUGACAAUGACACUGGCGACAAGAACGAUGGUGGUGGCCAGACGUCUUCCUAUCCGAGGAACCUGGUAGUUCCCUCGGGCCGCUUCGAUAACGACAAGAAGGACAUUGGUGACCUGAUACUAUUUCCCACUCGUGAUGAGAUCAUGACCGAUGAGAAAGAAUUCCUACCGUACACGGAUCCAGACCAACCGCAUUUUCUUGAAGAUCCUGUGCAACGUCACAUCGACACUUACUUUCGACUGCUGCGCCACGAUAUCUUUGGUGAGCUAAAGGGCUCUUUGGCUGGAAUCAUGCACGCGGUAUCUCAAGAUCCUAACGCGCUGGCCUAUGCCAAUCUUGGGGACAUGCGCGCCAAUCAGUAUACCAACGCUCGUGUCUGCUACGUUGCGCUCGACAAGCGAAAAGGCCUGCAGGCUCACAUAGAAUUUUUGCAACCUGCGAUCGUUCGCAAGAAGAAUGCUGGUCAGAAGGAGAAGUGGUGGGAGGAGUCGCGGCGAUUCGAUGAAGGGUCGCUUCUUUCAUUUAUUUGGAUCCAAGAUACCAUCGUUCAACACGUUUUCCUCACUGUCUCAGAUAAGACCACUGAUCCGAAGAAAAAGUACAGCUUGACGCACCACAACCAGAUGGCCUACAUAACGACAAGCUUGGUGACUCAAGAUCGAACAACAGUCAAGACGCUGAUGCACGCACAUAUUGGAGCGACCCGCGGCAUCUUGCUAGAAUUCCCGAAGGUCAUGCCGGCGACAUUUGCACCCACUUUAGAGAGCCUGCAGGCUAUGCAGCGACUGAACCGUCUGCCUUUCCGGCAAUGGAUCGUUCCAGACAAAUACAAUGGUCCUCCAGGGGAACGUGGGGUCCAAAAGAUCCCUCCACCUCUCUACGCGCGCGCUUCUGGCUUCAAGUUCCCAGCUACUACCCUCAUGAAAGACAAGAACGACGAGCCAUUCUCGAUCGAUCCGGCCUCGUCAUGCGACGACAAGGGGCUACUUGACAAGCUUGAGACAAAGACGCAACUUGAUCGCGGACAGUGUCGCGCUUUGAUCGCUGCGUUGACCCGCGAGUUUGCGUUCAUUCAAGGACCUCCGGGAACAGGAAAGAGCUACCUUGGCCUCCAGAUUAUGAGAAUACUACUGGACAUCAAGAAGCAAGUCAAUCUUGGUCCUAUACUCAUCGUGUGCUACACGAACCAUGCAUUGGAUCAGUUCCUUGAACACCUACUGGACAUUGGGGUUAACAAGCUCAUUCGUAUGGGAGGCAUGAGUAAGUCGAAGAAGCUUCUCAACCAUAACCUUCGUACGAUUGGUGACACAGAGACCAAGACCAAAUCCGAGAAGUACAUGGCGGCUAUGAAUUACAAGGACUUGGAUGAGAAUGAGAAGGAGGCUAGAAAACUCUUUGCUGGUCUGCAUGGCUUGUCAAAGCGUACACAGUGGAACAAUCUCAAAAGCCACAUCCACGAGGAGUAUCCAAAGAUCUACAAUCAAUUCCGUCGCGUUGAUGACCAAGGCUUCCAGACAGCCGGUCGUCACCCAUUCGAUGUAUGGAUUGCAGGUAGCGAGGCACAUCGCCCAGCGCUAUCCCCGGACGCUCUACGGCAAGUGAUCCAGAAGGCGAUUGCAAACGUGUUUUCUCUGUCGAUCCAUGAGAGGCGCGCGCUCCUUGGCCAUUGGGUUGCUGAGGCUCAAGGCAACAAGGUCAGCGAGCUUUUUGAGGUUGUCAACAGCGCCGCAAAGACUCAACGCCAAUUGAACAACAUACACGACGAGUUGAAUCGACGAAUCCUAGAAGGUGCGGAUGUCAUUGGCGUUACAACGUCUGGUUUAGCGAAGCGUAUCUCGGUCCUGCAACAAGUGAAGUGUAAGGUCAUCAUUUGCGAGGAAGCGGGAGAGGUCAUGGAGAGCCAUAUGAUCUCUGCACUACUUCCUGAUGUUGAGCAUCUGAUCCAAAUUGGUGAUCAUGAGCAACUUCGGCCCUCAGUUAGCAAUUUCCGCGACUUGUCGCUCGAGAGCGAGCGAGGAAAGCUUCAUGCGCUUGAUCGGAGUCAGUUCGAGCGCCUCUCGAUCGGCGAGCCUGGGCGGCUUUUGAUGCCCGUUGCACAACUGAAUGUACAGCGUCGAAUGCGCCCGCAAAUUUCUUCCCUGAUUCGCGAGACCAUCUACGACAAACUCAGGGAUCACGCGUCUACCACCGAGCUGCCUGACGUUGUCGGCUUGCGCCGUAAUGUCUUCUGGCUCGAUCACACCAACCUCGAAAACGAGAACGAUACCGAUAUGCACAACAGUAAGUCCAAGUCCAAUUUGUGGGAAGUCAAGAUGGUGCAUGCGUUGGUCCGGCACGUCGUUCGCCAGGGUGUUUACAAGCCUGACGAUAUCGCCGUAUUGACACCAUACACUGGACAGCUUCAGAAGCUACGAGCUGCUAUGAGAACCGAUUUUGAGAUUUGUCUCAGUGAUCGUGAUCGAGAAGCACUUGAGAGGGACGGUUUCGCAGUAGACGACAACAAAGCUCCGGAGAAUGCUGCAUCCGACCAUGAAGGUUAUCAGGGCAAGCCCCUGGCGAGGAAGCAGCUGUCGGAACUACUGAGAGUUGCUACGGUCGAUAACUUCCAAGGAGAGGAGGCCAAGAUCAUCAUUGUCUCACUUGUCCGAAGCAACGAGAGGCAAAACGUCGGAUUUCUCAAGACAACAAACCGCAUCAAUGUCUUGCUGAGUCGCGCUCAACAUGGCAUGUACCUCAUCGGCAAUGCAGAUACGUACUCUAGCGUUGAAAUGUGGCAGAAGGUUAUCGGCAUGCUACGUGCGACCAAUUCAUGGUCAAGCACGCUGCUUGCAAGAAAACAUGUGGCAGAAAGCAUGGGACUUGCAAUCACGACUGCAACCGUCAAUGUCAUGAUGGUACGGAUUGCGGUCUAUGCCAGGAGCCAUGUGAAGUACGUUGCAAGCACACAAAGUGUCCACAAAAGUGCCAUGAGCCUUGCGCUCCGUGCGUUGAGCUAUGUGUAUGGUCAUGUGAACAUCAAGGCGACUGCAAGAUGCCUUGUUCGGCCCCAUGCAGCCGCUUACCUUGCGACGAGCGCUGCACCAAGCUCCUCAUAUGCGGCCACCAGUGUCCAAGCAUUUGCGGUGAAGUCAGAAGCGCUACCAGACAUGAUCAUGAUGUCUCGGUAUGCUGACAUUGACUUGAAUGAAUCGCCUAUAGUCAUCCUCAGCUGUGGUCACUUCUUCACGACUGAAACACUGGACGGAUUAGUUGGUCUCAAAGAUGUGUACAGUCUCGACGCAACCACGGGUCUCUUCAAUGGGCUCAUUGAGAAUGCCGAGCUUUCCCCAUCCGUUCCACAGUGUCCGAAUUGUCGAGAGCCUGUCAAGCAGUACGUCACUCAACGCUACAACCGGCUUAUCAACAAAGCUGUCAUCGAUGACAUGUCGAAACGCUUCAUCGUGAAUGGCCAGCAGGAGCUGCAGCAAAUAGAAGGCCAACUCGAAGACGUCCGAAAGGAGCUUGAAAAGUCGCGGAGGUCGGUUGUUCCUGCCUCAGCCAUCAAUAUCCCCGGCGAGGAAGCUCAUGAGUUGACCAUGCAGUAUAUCAACGACGGGAUCAAGAACCGUUCUGCGGAUACCGUUCGGCUGCUGAACGCGGUCAAAGCAUUUCGCCGCAGGAUGGAUGUUCAACAUCAGCCAACGUACACACUGCACCAGGCAACCCUACAUACCAUAGCGCGAGAUGAUUCGCUGGACGCCGAGUUCGCGAAGUUGACGAUCGAUUCUUCCGAAAAAUCUACCAAACGCGACCGCGAUCAACGCAUCACCCUCGGGGGUAGCCUGCUUGAAAUCAAGGUGCGCUGCUUGGUGCUCGAGGAUAGCUUCGAGAUCAUGCGUGCCGUGAGCCUCAAGCAUCUCAGAAGUACAGUGCCUCUCAGCUUCCCCGCAGGUUCGCCGGUUGCAAAGACGGAUCAGUUCCUCAAAGACACCGAAAAGCUCAUCGGUGACUGUAUCCAUGAGAGUCUGCCGAAACUCGCAGUUGAGGCCAUACUACACUACGCCCGAGUCACCCAAUCCUUCAGUGGUGCUCAGUCUGGUCAAAACAACGAUCGCGCAAAAGCUACCGACUACCGCAAUCUCGCCAAAAAUCUUUUGAAGACGGCCAAUAAGCUCUGUGAGCAUUCUUUCCGCGAUCGAAACAACUUACGCCAAGCUGUCAUCGCUGCCACAAAGAUGCUGGAUAAGGAGUUCUACGAGGCGGUGUCGGGGGAGGAACUGGAGUCGAUCAAGAAGGCCAUGGUUAGUGGACGCGGCGGUAUUGCCACUCACUCUGGCCACUGGUACAAAUGCGUCAACGGACAUCCGUUCGCCAUUGGAGAGUGCGGUAUGCCCAUGGAGCUCGCGCGUUGUCCAGAAUGCGGUGAGCCUGUUGGCGGUCGGAGCCAUACUGCUGUCGCGGGAGUGUCGCGUGCAACGGAGAUGGAGCACUGA